AUGAUGGUGCAAAAGCAACAACAGCAGCAGCAGCAGCAGCAGCAAGUGCUGCCAGCCGCACGGAGAAGAAUGAUUAAAAACCUCAUGCCGAGUUUUCUUCAUGACAAGGAGCCGGUCACAAAGACUAUCGAGUGGGAGCGCAUCAUUGACUGUUUGCGGUCAAGACACAUGAUCAACAUGUACGAUCGCCAUACAGUCAUUUUAGAGAGACUGGCUCAAGUCCUUGCUGAUGGUGUGCCGUUGAAGCACAUGGAGCCCCUGGCACACGUCUUGUCGCUGGUCAAGGAGCGCAUCAUACAAGGCGGAAAGGAUGUACUCUGCAAACCCCUCUGCGGUCUGCUCGCUGUCCUCCAACAUUCCCUCAUCGACGACAGGGGCGACAAACCCUUGGAUCAACUUAAAAAAGACUUGCAGCAAUUGGCCAAUCGUGUUGGAGAUUUAGUCCAUGUUCAUGAUGAUAAAGUCACUGAGCACGCCGUUGAGGUACUGUACAGGCUCUGCGGUGGACCUCGCACCGAUCCCCCAGUGUCCGAACACAGAAUUAUAAUGUUUCCGUGGCUGCUGGACUCUGUUUCCCUUCCGCCCUCGAUGCAAGAUCCAGCGUCCGUCGCAUCACACGGCUCGGAUGACCGAUAUCACGAGACAGAGAUGGAGCUCUUGGAGCUCCUGGCAGAGGCAGACUUGAUAUCACACUUGACCACUGCACUGCAGAUCAACCAUCGCACAAGCUGCCAGUCUGAUACGCUCCGAACCCUGCGUCGUCUCUCCUUGUCCGACACUUGCUGCAAGCAAAUGGUUCAGGAAGGGACACUCAACCUCUUGACACAAAUCGCCCGUGACAGUACCGACGACGUCAAACUUUCCAUCAUCACAGAAAUCCUAUGGAACGCCCUCGAGAGUUCACACACACCCCUCAUAGCCGAAGCACUAAGUGCACAAAACAACAUCAACAACCUCCACGCCAUCUUCAAGCGCGAAAGUAACGCACGACGCGACGUUGAAAAGGAAUUGAGAAACGAGUUAGUGAUCGUAUGUACGGAUAUCGCUGUUUUUGCGUCGGAAGGGCGGUUUGCAGCUUUUCGGCAGAGUGGAUUCUUGGCGACGGUCUGCGCGCUCUUGAUGGGAGAGGAAAUGGAAGGACGGAAUAAGGCGAUGCCCAAAUCCAGGAUUCCCAGGUCGUCGCCUGUCCCUAUCCCAUCGUCUAAUGACCAUGCUUUUAAGAAGCAUUUGUUGACUCUGACAAUGGUGUUGUGUGACGAUAUGGGCGUUCUAGAAACAUUCCUAGAGAACGGGCUCCUAGACUUUUGUGUAAUGUACCUCGACUAUGACAGUCCGAAUCCAGCCAUCUACCGUUGGUCCCUCCGACAAAUAAAAGGGCUCCAACUACAGAUCCUCACUCUCCUUCAAAAAAUCUUACCAAAAUCCAACACAGCGGAUCCGACUAUUUACGACACCCUCCUCGCUUUUCUCAAAACGGCUCUGGAAAAAGAUGCUCAAGUCCGACCACACACAGGUCUACCAAACCCGACGAGCGAUCCCGUAGGUCUCGUCAUGUCCGUUUUGAGGUUGCUGAUUGUGUUGGCGGAGGCGGAGACUGAAAGUAGACAGCGAUUAGGCCAAUUGGGGAUAUUCCCCGUUGUGAAUGACAUUCUCUCUACGCCAACACAUGCUCCCGAAACCCACCGUACUGCGCUUCUCCUCCUCACCUCCCUCUGCCAGUUCGCACCCAACCGCUCCACCUUUGGUCAAAUCCCGCAAAGUAUCCCAACUCUAGUGUCAUUCCUCUCCUUCCUCUCACCAAGCACCCAAGAAACCAACAGCAUUCACCUUUCCACCAUCACGGCUCUCUGGGCCGCUAUCCCAUUCUGCCCUCUGAAUGAAAAAGCCUUUUUAGAAACGGACGGGCUGUACCGGUUGUUGGAUCUGCUGGCCGAGAAGCGUCAGACGCGGGAAAUACGAAUGUGCGGAUUGGGCUUUUUGUGUGAUUUGUUGGAGAAUUCGGUUGUCAAGAGGUUCUGUGAUGAGUGGAGAGGUCGUGAAGGUGGAUUGGUUGGAUUGGCGGUUGAGUUGUGGGUUUCGGAGGAAAAGUUUUUGGAAGUCCCGCAAGGCCCGCAAGGAACAGUUUUUCCAGACGACCGUAACCCGCUGGAAGGCGCACAUCCCCAAAAGCACACGACUUUUGCCCCAGUAAUAGAUGAACUAACUCAAAACCUCCGCGCAAAGCUCUACUCACUCCUGACCCACAUCCAACCCAUCGAUACCAGCACACUUUCGCCGCAUAUCCAAAUCAAACUCCCCCUCAUCGCACGCUACCUUGAUUUUAAACUCUUGGACGUGUAUUCGACACUCGAGAGAUCACUUCAGGUUGACGGUAUACGCCCCACUACACCCGAUCGAGAGUGCAUUGAAGUCGUCGGAGAAGUUCAGAGAGAGAAGAAGCGGAUGGUACUGGAAGAGCAAAAGGCAGUUGUUGAAGGUUUUGGGCAGAAGGUAAAACAGCAAGACCAAGAGUUUUACGAAACCAUCAAGAAACGAGAGGAGAUGAAAAAGAUGGCAUCCGCGGCCGAGUCACGCCGUCCCCGCCUUCCUCAACUUCCCGCAAAACUGUCGACAACAAAACGGCACCACCACCGCCACGCGACCUACACAACCCUUCCCACCACCUCCACAGCCGACCAUUUACCCUUGACAUCCGGCCACUGAACGAGGAAUCUGUCGACAAACCAGUAGAGUAUCUUGCCAGAGAGAGACAAGUCUUUGACACGAGCAAUGGAUUCGAUGUAGAUGAGCUUUGGAAACGGGAGGCCAGGGAUGAUCUUUUUUGUUGGUUUUUGAUUCGUUGUGGUGAGAGGUUGGCCAGAUGUGCAACAACAUGGAAAAGAGUACGUUACCCGUG